UUUUUAGACGGUAGACAAGCUCUUCGGUGCCGUUGACGCACCGCACCGCCAUCUUUGCCUCCAAUUGUGCAGCUAAUAGAGGGCUGAGGCCAUGAACGCCGAUGUUUCGGAGCUCAUCCGAGUCCUCUCAGAGAAGGAGCAGGAGAAAGUGAAGGCUGAGCGUUUGGCCGCUGCCCAGGUCAAAGCCAUGCGUCUCCAGGUCGAUGACGCGGCAGCCGAAUCCAUGGAACUGCAGCGGGCCUUGGAGCAAGAAGCGAAAGAUGCCAAGGCUCAAUUCGACAAAGCCUUGAGGGAACAAGCCUUCAAUUGUAAAGCUCGCUUGCACAAGGAGCUCCGAUCGCAAGCCAUGGCCCAGGGCGACGCUGAGCGGGCACGCAUGCGGGUCAUGAAGACGCAGGAUCAAUGUUAUAAGCUGGGCUUGAAGAUCCAAGACCUGCAGAUCUAUCUCACGAAGCAAACGGAGAAGGCAAACCUGGCUCUACACAGCCUGGAGGAACACCUCUCGGAACGCAUCGAGCGAGUUCAGACCCAGGGCGAGCAAAGGAGUAACCGUAUGCGGCGGCACACCCUGGAGACAUCAGUGCACCUCGGAGUGCAGCUGGACAACAUCAUGAAAUGUUGCAAGGAGCAGAUGAUGCAUGUGCAUCGGAGAGCGGAAGGUCACAGUCGAUUCAAGGAGCUGUGCAAGCUGGCAGAGACACGCGACACCUACACCAUGUCUCGGGAGAACUACGGGAAGAUCAAGGUGUGAUAUCUAUCUAUAUAUAUAUAUAAUAUGUUAGAUAUGUAUAUCCUUAGGGCUCCAAGUACCUUCUGAGAAGCUGGGACUGGGGUGGGUGCCCUGGUCGGGUCCAGUCAUACCGAACCUGAGGAGAUACGACUGGAGCCCUCCCUGAGAAUCUGGAGCCCUCUGCGUGAAACGGUG